GUCAGUUUUCUCUGAUAACAGCAAGACUCUUUGAAGUAUUCUCUUUUGUAUUACUUUUAAUUAUUGAUGUCAGCUUAUUAAACUGAUUUUGCAGUAUAUCAUGUAUCACAUUGUGUAUGGUGUGAUCAGAAACUUAUACCUAACAUAAUGUAGGUGCAUAUCCUUGUCAUUUAUGCAUCUUUGUAAUAUGAUAUUAGGCAUUGGAUGCUUAAUUGGCAAUGGAUCUUAUGCUGCAGCUUAUCCCUUACACGAGGUAAAAAAUUAAUUGCAAGUUUUGUUUUGUUUUGUUUUUUUGUCUUCAGUGUAACAACUCCUUGCUGUGAAACUUAAAAAGUGUCCAAGAAAUUUACUAUGGUAUAAUUUGAUGGAUCACUGCAAUUUACAAUGAUUUCUCUAAGUUUAAAAAAUGAGCAGUUCCUGAAUGAUAAUCCUUUAGAAGAGAAUAUCAUAGGCUUUGAAACUUCUCAGAAUUUAGAGUGACUGAAAACAGAGACUUGAAGGGCAGUGGUGAACAAAUUUAAGGGCCCUCAUAUUUGCACAUGAUUAUUAAGUUGAAGGCCCAAGAAGGCUGACAUACAGUUAUAUCAUACAAAACUUAAAAUUAAAAACCUUGUCUCCUGUCAGGAAUUAAAGGGACAUGAAAAAGCCAAACAAAGCUAUAUAGGUCAUGGUUCAUUUUUUGUAAGUGCACUCCAUCUGGUUGAAUGAUCCCAUGCAAGGGACUGGCCAGAGGAAAAGGCAACAUACUGCAUCAGUUUUCUCAGAGUGAUUUGGAGUCUAAUAAUGAUAUUUUCCUUGAAUCAACAAUUAUGUCAGGUUGCUUGAACAGGAUUCAGCCAAAUGUUGGCAAAGUUAGCCAACUGUGUUUUCUUGUCAUUUAUUUCAAAAAGUACAGUAAGGCAUUCUUGUGAGAUCAAAAUUUUAGAAUGAAAAUUUAAUAGAAAGAAGGAAUAACAUCAAACAACUACAUGCCCAUAUGUUUAGUCAAGUGAGAGUUGGACAAUGGAUGUCUUGAUCCAGGGAACAUUAAGCUUGUUGUACAUGGGGAGCUAUUCAGACUGAUACAUGUACAUUGUACAUGUAUAUAAUAGUAAUAGGACUAAGAGGAGUCCAAUUCAGGCUGUAAUUAUCCAAGUGAUUAUCAAAAUCCGAUGAUUGCACUGUGAAGGCAUCCAUUGUACCUUUUCAUUAAAAGAAAACAACAGUUAAAGGGGCAAAAUGUGAGACAAUAGCAUGCACAUGCGACACCUUCUUUCCACUUACACAGGCAUGGUGUGUUAAUUGCCCUAUUACACUGUCCAAUUACAAGGAUGAUGUGUACACUGUCCUAUUAGUGUUCAAACUGAGCUGGAGAACUCAAGAAUUUUGUUAUAGUUUUCAUCAAUGAAACCAGGGAUUUUGAGUAGCAACAAAGCAUAAUUGUACUUCAGGCCAAUUUUCAGGGUAUGCUUUUUGUUCAUGACCAUCAAAAUAAUUCAAUCAGACUUGAACACAACAUGUACGAAAAUCAUGUUGUCUUAAUCAUAUCUAGGACAACUGUGUGGUUGUCAGUUGUUCAUAACACAAACAAAAGUAUUUUUUUAGCAUUUUGAAACAUGUUCUUUUACCUUUAGGUGUUGAUGUUACAAAUUAAAGAGUUGCAUUUGAUUUUUUUUUUACUGGAGAGAGGUAAAAGAGAUGGAUUUGGCAUAUGAUGAGCACACUGUAAUUUAUAAUUACUUUAUCAGGGAAUUUGACAUGUAGAGAUCUAUACAUUGCAAAAAUUACCACAAUAAUGCAUGGAAUAACUUGAUACAGUACCAUCAUUUUUGUAUUUUACAAAGGUUGAUGUAGGGCACUUAUGAAAAAGAUCAAUCCAAUGAUCCUCCAAGACCUGAAAAUGCCAGACAGGUAAUUUUUUUAUUAUUAUUUUUAAAUUAAUAGACCUCGUAAGGUUAAUUAGUUUUGUGUAUGUUGUUUCCUGUUAAGUUUACAGUGUACAUUGUGUAUGUACAACUCGGACCUAAUAAACUCCUAAACAAAUCUAUAGUAUGCAGUCAUUUCAUACCCAUACUCAUGUACUCAUUCAUUUUAUACUCAAGCUGGGUACAAAAUGACUCAACUAACUGGGUAUGACAUGACUGUGGGUGUGAAACGAUCGGUAACCCAAUCUAUGCCAUCCUAUUACCAUCUCUUCAACUUACACUUUAUCAGUUUUGUAAACUUCUUUCAAAGCUGAUUUGUCAUUCAAGCUACAGUACAUGUAACCUUUUUUUUCAAAGAUGUAAACAUCAAUUCUCCAUCCAGUCUAUAUACCAUACAGCUUUUACAGUUUAUAUAAUCAAACAAUACUUUGUCCCCUGAAGUUUUUUCUUUCUUCUUAUCACAUUCCUGCUUUUAGAUGUUUUAAGGUAAAUUCCUAUUCUGUAGGAACUUGUAAGAGGAAAAUUAGAGUCGAACAAGUCAAAUCACCAAAGAAAACUUUGUUUGUUUGUUUGUUUUUUCAUUGAAUUUUCUCCUUCCCAAAUAUUUUUACUUCUACCCCUACUCUUGAUAUUCUUUUCAAGCUUGUGUUCAGAUAUAUCAGACUCGAAACUUUUGAUAGCUUUUCUCAAUAUUUUCUUUUAAGUGCAGUUAUAAAUUUUUCUAUUGCAUUGUUUUUUCCAGUUUUACAGUUGGUAAUCAAUGAUAGUUUUAUUUGUGGGUUGUUGCUAUUUCAGUUGUUGUUUGACACCUGGGUUAAAGCACAUUGCUGGUACAAAAUGCAACCAUUGGAUCAUAUCAGGUAAAAUCACUUACACAGGACUGUUUAACUCAAGGUGUGUGUGUCAUUUUUUGUUGUUAAUAAUUGUUUUGGUUGAUUAUUCAUUAAUUUUGUUGCAGAGAUUACUUUGGAGAGAAAAUUGGAAUCUACUUUGCUUGGUUAGGUAAAUAUAAUUAAUGACUUCAAAUUUCAUGUGCACUCUGAUUGAAGUAAGUUAUUGUUUCAGCUGUUUAAUCAUGGCUGCAUAUAAUUUUUAUUUUUGGAAGAACACAUAUUAAAGGCUAUGACUGUAUUCUAGUCAGCCAGUGAGACUCAAGGACAUUGCACAAUGCAUGAAGUUUGGAUGUCAAUGACGAAAACAGUGUCAUCAAACAAAUGUUACUCUCUUGACUGUUUGACAGGUUUCUACGCAUGGAUGUUGCUCCCAGCAGCCAUCAUGGGCCUUGUUUGUGUGAUUUAUGGACUUGUCAGACUGGAGUCUUAUAUUCCUGUGUAAGUGAUGAGUUUGGCAAGGCCUAUAUGUGCAUUCUAUCAUAUGCAAAGGCCUUAUAUCCAUAUCAGCCGUGAAAUGGGCUCAUUGAGGACUGAGAAUCUUAAAGUAUUAUUUAAAGUUGUCGUGAAAUGGAACAAAAGAAAAAUAUACUUGGUGAUACAUUCACAUGUGCUAUUUUACAUAACUUUCACUAUAAUGUGCAUCCAGUGUUUACUAUUACUGCCAGUGGUAAGCGUUAACAGUGUUGCAAUCACUGGUUUUAUACUGAAAAAACGCAAGUCAGAGAACGAACUUUUUUUUUAUUUUUGUGUAAACGUGGCUUUCAGACACGUAAAACCAACUGUAUGUAUGUAUCUUUUGCUCAGGAAAGACAUCUGUGAUACGUCUAAGAACUUUCCCAUGUGCCCUCGCUGUGACAAACGCUGUCCAUACUGGUCUUUAUCGGACACAUGCAUCUAUUCAAAGGUGACUUAAAGAACAUUUUCACCUCUUACUUCAAGUUCCUUCUUUUCUUCUUCCUCGACUUCUUUGCUAAACUUUUUUAAAGGUCGCUAUUUGGCGACUUAACCAAAAUUGUCAUUCUCUUCACAGUCAACCAUACAAUUCUUAUAUUGUUUGUUCAGAGAAUUUAGUAUUGGAACAACUAGUUAUCCCCAAAUUGAUAUUUUUCUUUAUUAUUAUCACUUAUCUGGUUGAUAUUAUAUUGAUAUUGUAAGGAAAAAUUCUGUCUUGGUCACUCAUGGGAGUUAAAGCGUUAAAAUCAAGAAAUGUUUGCCAGAAAUGGAGAAAGAAAGGAAGAAAGCAGAGAAAGAAAUUUUGUGCAACAUUGAAUUUAAACACCACAGUUUCUUCCUGCUGACCAUGAUGACCAAAUGACCGCAGUGUGAGGCCCUGUGUCCCAUUAAUAAUUGAUGUAGCCCCAUGCUAAAGGGGCUACACGUAGCAUAAACCAUGAAUUUGGAGACAAUUUAUAAUAAUUAACACAUUAUUUUGCUCGGAAAUAUUCAUCUUUGUAGUUCGUUUUUCAGAAGUUAUCUAUCUAGUUUUAUCGUCUACAUGUACUAAUGCCCUCUUUGAUUCUCUUCAGGUGGCUUACGUUUUUGACAAUGAGUUUACUGUGGUUUUUGCCAUUUUUAUGUCGAUUUGGGGUGAGACCUUUUUUUUAUUUUUAAGAAUAAUUGCUUGUGUAGUAAACUGUGUCAGACCCCGAGGCUCUAUUGUUGACAUCUGUACAAUUCAUAAAUGGCUAGCACGUGGAACCUUAAGUCUAAAUGUUUAAGCCCUGGUGUGCUCAUUAUAUUGAGUUGUUGGGCGAGAUGAUUCACUCUGAGAAUGCUUCUCUCCACCCGGGAGUAUAUACAUUUUGGCAACGCUGAAUAGUCAAAGAAACUUGACAGAAUGUUUGGGCAACUUGUACUGAACCAUCCCGUUCAAGAGUUGAAAAAAUAGCUAAUGGAUUGAUUACCGAACAUUUCAGAAAUAGGAUCAUUUUCUCUGUGACUUUCACAGAAAGGAGACUUUGAUUUUCUUUCAGGGUCGUAAUGUUAAUGCAAUACUUUGCUGAUGAUCAUGUGUGUAUUUGUUACACAGCCACCAUGUUUCUUGAGUUUUGGAAGAGGCGGCAGGCAGAGAUUGCUUACGAAUGGGAUCUAUUGGGAUAUGAGGACGAAGAGGUACGAUAUUAAUUAAUCAAUCAAUGUAUUUAUUUAUGACUUUUGUUAAUUAUUUGUAAGAAGGCAAAGAUUAGGCUUGGCAAGGUAAGCUCAUGCCGUUUAGGAUUUAUCCAGGAACAAAAAACCACACUACUUACUUCUCCGUGUCGAUUUUUCUUUCGUUUUGUGAAUGGUGCUUUAAAUGUAAACGUUUUUGUUGAUCUUGUUGCAUGUUAUAAGCAAUUAAUAUUAAUCUCACGAAUCUCUGAACUAUGUUCGUUUGAACUCAAGGUACAGUUUAUUACUUAAAAAGACUCGCAAAAACUUGACCGUCAGUCCUGUUCAGUGUGUUUUUCAUUUGACCAUCUUUCCAUAAAUGUACAAGCUCCAAUUCAUUAUUCUGCUUUAGGAACAACCUCGUCCCGAGUACGAGGCAGUAGCGAUUGAGACCCGUUUGAACCCCAUCACGAAAGUGGAAGAACCUUUCAUAUCGCUUGGGAGGAAAGUGCCCGGAUUUAUUUGUAGUUUCAGUUUCAUCAUCUUCAUGGUAAGAACUGGAUAAUGUUUAAUAAGGCUCAAUGUGAUUUUGGCCAGGUUUAAACCGAGAUAAUGCAACAGUUUCACCAGAGCCUCCCAAGGGCAUUGAUGUGCAUUACUACCUUACUGCUUUGUUUCCUUCCUUCCUUCCUUCCCUCCUUCCCUCGCCCCCUCCCUCUUUUGGGUGAGUGUCCAUUCCGCGCACCGGUUUGUUGGUGUUGCGUUGACAGGUGCCUGGAGGUUGGCUGCGGCUUGAUUGCUGGGAGAUUGCUUCCCUCCUAUGGUGUCAACUGUUCGCAUCCACCCACCCACCCACCACCUUGAUACUAUUGGGCAUUGCUACUUGGACGAGGCGAAACGCUCAUAUUACUGCAACAAUUUGACCUUUUCAAAUCUAGAUUUACCUGAAUUCUGUAGCCCCGGCGUCUUUUGCAAGCUAGUUAUAACCGACAGAAAAACUGACUUUUGGUCACCGGUAUGGCUCGUAGUGUUUUAAAAGAGGAUAAGAGGUGCAACAGCGAAGUUCUGAAUUUUGAUCUAUAGUAUUAUGGUCUUUGUAUCGCAGCUGGCGCUUGUCGUCAUCGCCGUGUUUGCUGUUGUAGUAUACCGUGUUGCAGUAUACGCGGUGUUAGCCGCAAGCAGCGACUACAACAUGGGAGCUGUAAACAUGGCCACGUCCGGCACUGCAGCUCUCCUAAAUCUCAUUACCAUCAUGCUCCUCAACAAGGUACCCGCAUAAACUUAUCUUUUUCUAUGGAGACGGUACACAACUAGUAAACAUCUUGAGUUAAAUUUUUGUUGUCUGCCCUAUCAUGUAGAUGUUCGUUUGCAACUCUUACACAGCGAUGGUUCCUACUUGAAUGAGCAGAUAUUAGUUAACCCUUUAACUCCCAGAAGUGAUGAACAUGUAACCUCUCAAUCAGAUCUUGGGAGUUAGAGGGUUAACAGUACAAGUUCAGCGGAUGGUUUUAUACCUUGGAGUAACAACUGAUCAUUUAGUGUGAUCCUCAGGUGACUUCUUUUUGUUAAUUAUGUUAUUUUAUCUCCAGGUUUACGAAAAACUGGCCGAGAUUUUGACACGUUGGGGUACGUGUGUAGAAAAUGAAUUGACCUUCAUUCAUGCUUUAAGCUAUUGACCACUUUACUGAUAUUGAAUCAUCAGUGCAUCCGAUCUUUCAACUGACCUUAACCGUACUACUGUACUCGUGCACGUUGUGGUCAUUACACAUUACAUAAGAAUUUUUAAAUUUAAAAUUAGUAGCCGAAUCCUUCCGUACCUCUAAACUGCAUUGGCAUGCGGCGUCGAAAGCUAACAAAGUAGGAGGCAAUAAGGAUAGGGUUAAAUUCAUCAUCUGUUUUUAUUUCAGAGAUGCCUCGCACCCAGACGGAGCUUGAAGACAUCUUUUCAUUUAAGAUGUACCUUUUCCAGUUUGUGAACUUCUAUUCGUCACUCUUUUAUAUUGCGUUUUUUAAACUCAGGUGAGUUUAUGUCAUGAGUAACAAUGGGAAAAAAGUUACUUAGAGUUCUCCUAAGAAAGAAAACUCAAAAUCGUAGACAUUUUCGAUUGUCUGGGAUGACUGACGACAAAUCAGUUAAAUCGAGAGCGCUUUUUUUUACUGACGCAACCCAGAUUUUUGCGAUGAUCUGCGAUUUCUGAAGGUUAAUGAAAACUCCUAUUUUGAACUGUCGUUAGUUUCAAUUUGCUACCAUUCCUUGGCUCCUGUAGCCCCGAGUCCCAAAUGAAGUGGUGUCUGUUCUAUUUUUCGCCAACCAUCAGACAAUCGGAAUGUCUACGAUUUCGAGUUUCAUUAAUUAGAAAACUCUGGAAUCAUCAAGAAAUAUUGAAAUCACCGACUAUCUGGGAUUUUUCCCGCCAGCCUUAAGUGUCAUUGUUUUUCUCACGAUUUAGGCUCUUCGAAUGACAUGCAGAUCGUGAUCUUUCCUCACCCAUUUGCUGUUGCCCGGUUCUGCUGUUGUCUUGUUUCUUUGUGAUGCUGUGUUGUGAUACUGACGAUCAAAAACAACAACAGGAGAGCCGUGUUACAGCGAAUCUUCGAAACGCACUAAGCUGUUGAGAAACAGCCCACCAAGUAAAAACAUCUUCAGAAAAAUAGUUUUACAUAAUUACCAGUAGGAACUUUUAUCUAUUUACAUAGAAGCGUUAAACACAUUAAAAAUUGUUUGGCAUCACAGCGGUAGAAUGAAUGUAUUGAAUCAUAUUUUGAGAAUAUUUCCAACUGGCAAUUAUAAGUUAUCUGUUUAGGGUGAGACAGAUUUUUUAUGCAUAAUUUUAAAAAUGGUACUGAACAGACCUACGGGGACAACAAUUUUCGUCCCUCUGGAAGAAAGAACUGCGCUGACAAAAAAAUUUUUGUUUUCAGCCCUGGAAGGCCCGCAGAAUUUAACAGGAUAUUUGGUUUUCGACAAGAAGAGGUAAGAAAAAGUAUUCGAUGUGUAAAGUUUUUUUUUUGUGACAGUUUAGGGUAUUUAAAGCUGCAUUGGGUUAAUCAGACGGUACUGUCGUCAAAAAUUUGCGAGAAAAGGAAGGAAAGAUCGUCUUUAGACAUUGUUUGUAAUUGAAGUAAAUAAUGUUUUUCGCCUUUGGUCCCAUUAGUUGGACCAGUUUAAAAAGGAUGCGUUUGAUUAGAAUUUAUAUCGUAAGGGUGUAUGUGAUGUUCGUUAAAUUUGACAAUGCAAGGUUUGCCGACUUGGAAAUAGUUGCUUUAACAAUUUGAAUCUUAUUUUUGGCUUUUUUAAAUAAGGCAUAAAAGUAACUGAAAAUAUCUUUCAAACAUAGAGCAGUUGUAAAGGAGAAUUCUGAGUUCAUUUUUAUGUUGUUCUGGCAGUGUAAUCCGGCAGGUUGUUUAUUUGAGCUCUUGGUCCAGCUGGCAGUUAUCAUGGUUGGAAAGCAGAUCUUCAAUAAUUUUAUUGAAAUAAUCGUCCCGUAAGUAGCUCGUAAAGAGAUGAGGUACAUUUUUAACGU